UAUCUGCAGUAUGGUGGUGGAGCAGCUAAAGAAAAAGCUUCGGUACAGAGAUUUCCUUUUAGGAAUGUUAUGGAAGUUUUCUGGAAGCUGGUAAAAAGGAGAACUCAGUAAUCGGAGAUGGCAGGAAACUGGCUCGGGCUGCUGUCGAUAGGCCUGUUUUACAUGUCUGUACUGGGCAUCGGCAUCUGGGCAUCCAGGAAGUCCAAACGCGAGGAGAGGAAAUGCACGGGCAACCGCAGCGAAGUUGCGAUGGUUGGAGGGCGGAACCUCAACAUCUGGGUCAGCAUCUUUACCAUGUCAGCUACUUGGGUGGGAGGAGGCUAUAUUCUGGGUAAUGCUGAAGUGGUCUACGAUCCAACCAAGGGGCUGGUAUGGGCAUUGGGGCCCCUUGCUUUCGCUGUCAACAUGAUUAUAGGUGGACUGUUCUUUGUCAAACCUAUUCGCUCAAAGAAUUAUGUCACCCUCAUGGACCCUUUUCAAGAGAAAUAUGGCAACACAGUGGCCGCUGUUCUCUUCAUCCCUGCUCUCCUGGCAGAUAUUUUCUGGAUUGCAUGUAUUCUUGGUGCACUGGGAGGAACAGUAAGUGUGGUACUGGAUAUCUCCUCGUCGCUGGCUAUGGGCAUCUCUGCUAGUGUUGCCAUCACAUACACAUUGAUGGGAGGACUGUACUCUGUGGCCUAUACUGAUGUCGUCCAGCUUGGCUUGAUGUUCUUUGGUUUGUGGCUCUGUGUCCCUUUUGUCCUGACGAGCGCCUCCUCUGCCAACUUCACUGUUGCUGCCGUCACCAAACUACACCAGGAGCCGUGGGUCGGCAAACUGCAGCUGAAAGAUUCGGGUCACUGGGUCGAUGACUUCCUGCUGAUAGCCGUUGGAGGGAUCUGCUACCAGGCUUUCUACCAGAGAGUCCUUUCCAUGGCCACUGAUGCCCAAGCCAAGAUCACCUGCUAUGCAUCAGCAGGAAUAUGCCCACUGCUUGGAAUCCCAUCAAUCCUCAUUGGGGCAGCGGCAGCAUCUACCAAUUGGAACCAGACCAGUUAUGGUUCACCCAGCCCAUAUGAAGAGGGCCAAGCUGGGAUGAUCUUGCCGAUUGCCCUUCAGCAUCUUUGCCCUUUCUACGUCUCACUGGUCGGUAUCGGAGCGCUAGCUGCAUCUGUGAUGUCGUCCGUCGACUCCGCCCUUCUGUCUGCCGCCUCCCAAAUUGGUCGGAAUAUCUUCAAGAACAUCAUCUACAAACGGGCAUCAGACCAAAUGAUUAUCGUGGUGGUGAAGGUGUCCAUCGUCCUGUGUGGAAUAAUUGCAUCAGCCCUCGCCAUGACAUCAAGGUCGAUUCACCUGUUCUGGAUCCUCAGCGCUGACAUGUAUUCAGUGAUGACGCCGCAGGUGACUUGCACCUUCUUCUUAUCCCAGUGGGUGAACCAGUACGGGUCUGGCUUUGCGUUGGGGAUACUGGUGAGAGUUCUGGUGGGGGAACCCCUGAUGGGCCUCCCGGACGUGCUGCCCCUGCCGUGGGACAGGAUCCAGGAGGACGGUCACCGGUACCGAUUGUUCCCUUUUCGUACCGUCAUCAUGCUCCUCACCAUCGCGACCAUUUUACUGGUUUCACGACUGGCUGCGUGUCUGUCUAAAAUGAGGCUGAGAGCAAGUGAUGCGGAAACGGACACAAACCUACAUUCCAUGGCACCGAUCCCGACAGAAGUGGUAGAAGACGAGAGGUCAGAAAAAGAACAGCCUUUAUUCUCCGAAGAAAACAGUGAAGCAUAAACACUCAUGGUGUUUAAUCCAGGAUUUAUUUACGAGGGUCAAACAAGCUCUGACACUCGGGGAUCACUGCAUGUCUGAGACAUGUGUUUAACAAUACUUUACUGAAACACACAGCAAAUUGAUUGAGUUUAAGGCGAAUGUUGGGCCAUGGUGGACGUAUGAGCUCUACUGGGUGCCCUUUAUUCCAAGUUUCAUUAAAAUCAGCUCAUUGCUUCACUGUACAAUAAAGAAAUGUCAUGAUAAUAAGUCUAAUAUUACUUUUAAAU